AUGAAUAUACCAAAAUUUGCACAAUGUGAUGGUGACUAUCAAUAUCUCGUUAUUCGACAAUAUCGUGUUGAUCUAGAGGAUGCCAUCAAUAAAGCGGAAUAUGAAAAUAUUCUCAAAAAAGAUCCACGAAAUGGUGAAGUCUGCAUUUAUCUCGCUUGCGCUUAUUUCAUGUUAGGUAAAUACGAUGAUGCUGAACAUACAGCACUAAAAGGUCCAAAAUCUCCAUUACAAACGCGAGUUUUAUUUCAUGUUGCACAUAAACAAAAUAAUGAAGAAAAACUCAUGAAUUUACACCGACAACUACAAGAUGUGAUUGAAGAUCAAAUGUGUCUUGCUAGUAUGCAUUAUAUGAG